AUGCUAUUCGCACUACGUGGCAGCUCAACAGGUGCUUGCAAAGCUGGAAAAACAUCAUGGGUGCGGCGCCAGAUUCGGCUGAAAGAAAUGAGAGCUCAGGCAGUAAUUCGCCGGAGUGUGAACGUGGCUCCAGGUGGGCUGAGCUGGUUCUCACAAACCUCUUGACCGCGCUCGUGGUGGAUGGAGUGACUGUGUGUCGGCUUAUAGCAUUUCACCUGCUGGAAUCAAUCGGUGUCGAGACGAUGAUGGUUGGAAGCGGGCAGGAGGCACUCGAGCUCUCUGGAACGCAUUACGACUUGAUCCUCGUCGACAGAUACAUGCAUGACAUGGACGGCCUUGAGACCAUACGGCGAAUGAGGCAGAGGGGCAUGCGAAGCAAGAUUAUCGGCCUAACCUCUGGAGAGAUUGAGACGGAUAGGGUGCAAAUGAUGAAUGCUGGAGCUGACGACUGCUUGGAGAGGCCGCUGCGUGCGGAUGCUUUGGCCGAUAUCCUGGCUGAGAUCGACUAUGAGAUCGACCGCCGCUAA